GGGGUUGCCUUUAAUCUCAGGGCUGCAACUCUGAGACUCUAAUCCCACCCUGGCAGCAGCCAAGCUAGAGUGGCCUGGGGAGAUAUGGGAGUCACCCAUGGGAAAAAAACAGAUCAUGACCUCUCAUAUUCGUGCUCAGGCUAUGGAAAGCCUGUCAAUAGACCUGUGCCACGGCAUGGAGGUGACUCAGGACGUGAGCCGCAGAGGAUCCAGAAGGACAGGGGAUUGGAGCUGGGCAGAGCCUCUCCGUCUCCCUCGUCCCGGUCCUUGGAGGUGGGCCACGAGGAGCUGAUCCAGCCCAAGAAGCUCAUCAAUCCAGUUAAAGUCUCCAGAAGCCACCAGGCCCUGCACCGGGAGCUGCUCCUGAGCCACAGGCGGCCGGUGGUGGAGGAGAAGCCGGAGCUCCAGCGGGUCCUGGAGCAUCGCAGGCGGCAGCUGCAGAUCAGUCAACGGAGAGAGGAGGAGCAGAAGAGGAAGGCCUCCCCACUGGACCAGGAGCUGCUCAGGAGGCAACAGAGGCUAGACAUGCUGGAAAGAGAGUUGGACAGCCAGCGAGAGCAGUUAACGAGCGAGCCUGAGUUCAUCAGAGUCAAAGACAGCCUGAGAAGGACAACCAGCAUGGUGUAGCUGGUGGAUGAGGAGGCUGAAGACGACGGAAUGCAUUGAAGUUGCGUAUUGUGCUGGGCAAGAGCUCUGUGAGCUACAAUACUGUAUGUGAAAUACAGUGCGAUGGAAAAGAUGGUAUAUUGUGAUAGGACUGAGAAAGCAGGUAUAGUAGGUAUCAGGAGAAGAAGGACAUCAGUAAGCUGUGGGAGCAGUAGUUUAGUCUUCCAGAACAUGUAUUCAUUGUCGGUCACUUGACUCAGUACUGAAAUGCACAAGUAAGUUGUGUUAACAUAGCAACCGCCCAGUGCACAUAACAUACAAAAUACACAUAAGUGUGUCUGCAGCCAAGUAGUUUUGUUUGUAGAGUGUGGAGUGCUGUACCUGAUCCAUCUUGAAAUGUAAUUACACACAACAUAUAUGUAGACACGGCAAACCGAUAUUGCUAUUGUGGAAUAACUGAACCACUGCAUCUGAAGACUGAAAAUGGCCUUGCUGAAGUGAAAGGGAUGAAGUAAAAAUGUUUGCUUUUGGGAAGUGAAUUUUGUGGUCAUCGCUAUGUGAAAUUUCCUGUUAAUCCAUUUCCCAUAUUUCUUGUAUUUCAGGGUGUGUCUGCAGCAUCAAGCGGGUACUGAGAUGUGUUGAAAGAUAUAUUGUAUUAUAAGAGGGAAUAGUUCUUGUAUAAAAUGAACAAAAAUAGAAUGUAAUGUAGAAAUUUCUACAGUGCUUUAGAUGAUGCGUUACACAACUACAUAUGUGUUCAUUCACCAACAGUGCAUGUAGCAUACUGUAUGUUUUUCUCAGAAUCAUUGAGACUACACAGAUACAUUAUCACAAAUGAUAUGAUAUAUUUUAGAAGACACAUUGGUUAUUUUCAUGCAGUACUGUUCCUGAAGGCAAAAAAAAUAAACGGACUUUGAGCUACAGUUGUGCACUGAAGCUUGCAAAAA